AUGCAGAAAGCCGUGCGGCCCCUUCAACAAACAGCCAAUAGCUGGGCAGCGAGACACUUGACUCGAUUGCAAGAGGCGCCUGCUGGUUUGAUCCGGGAACUACAGGCGUUGCUGAACAAACUGAUCUGGUCGAACAUCGAUUCAAUUUGUGAACGUCUCGUGGCCAAGCUCGUCUCGUUGGAGGACGCAAACGAAGAUGAAAUCUUGCGGAAAUUGAUUGUGAUGAUGCUGGAGCAAGUUACCGAUCAAGGCCCUUGGUCGGAGAUGUAUGCCAAGCUAUGCCAUAAACUGCACCUUGAACUCACCGAUAGGUGGCAUGGCGGUCGAUGGUUCCCCUACUACAUCGCCUGUACAUGGCAUCAGCGAUUCGAAUGGCAGGCCCACCACUUGUCGCCCGAAAUGGGUGCAACCAACAAAGACGAUGACUAUCACGCUGCGCUGAGGAUACGUCGACGUCUUGGCCUCACCCGUUUUCAUGCAGAAUUAUAUAAGUUGAACUUCUUAAAAGAUUGCCACUUACAUCAUCACAUCAAGUCUUUGUUGCAAAAUCAUACCGAAAUCCAAGAAAAUCUAGUCUAUCUAAGGUAUCUCCUGAUCAACUGCGGUAAACUACUCGAUCAACCAAAGGCGCAGAGCUUUAUGAAUCUUUACUUCGAUACAUUGAUAAGGGUGUCUCAGAGUCCACUUGUCUGUUCACGCACUCGAUUCAUGAUCCAGGAUAUCCUUGACGCACGUAGAAACGGUUGGAACAGGCGUAAAGUGGGCGGCGACAACUCGCUUGACGUUGAUCGGCCAGCCAGAUCAGCCGCCCCAGACGCACAGUCACAUCACGAUCUAGACCCCUCAAGCACGCACAAAUCCUGCCAAACAGAAUUCGAUGCCAGUUCAAAUGAUAAGAGAAAACUCCUCGAAAGUGCCGACGAGAACUUCGUUUCCACAGGGACGCCAAUUCACAUCUUGGCCGAUGACCAGCAGAAGGCAUUACUGGAAACCGUCCUGUAUCAGCAGCGACUCGAGUUGCAGGCAGUCAACGGAAACAUUUCGAGCCAAGGCUGGACUAACGUAACUGAUCAGAUGAAAAGGAAAUUUGGCCAAGACUUUCAACCCAGGGGGUUAAGAAAUCACCUCUGUCGCAUCCAUGAAACCUAUCUCGACCUCAAGUUUUUACAGAAUCGAUUUGGAUUCAUAUGGGAUGAGAAAAACUGUAUAAUAACCGCUGCCCCAAAAGCCUGGGAUCAACUCAUUAAGGAAAAUCCUGAAAAGAAGUAUCACUGGCUCCGGAACCCACGAAGUAUGAUCGGGUGGUACUGUCUUGCGCAACAGGUCUUCAACGGAGUACCUGUACGCAACAGAGGAACUCUUGUGUUUUUCAAUAACAACGUGAACAAGAGAGAGGACAGCCAGAACGAUGCUGCCAACUCGACAAUCGCUAGUGGUUCUGCAGACCCGACGAUUCCACUUAUCAGCAAGAGAAAAAAUGAAGCAAUUGCGUCGGAUAAUCACAGCGAUCUCUCCCAUGUGGAUCCCUUAUCUUCAUCAGCCUCUCGGGUCAUCAAACAGCCACGACUUUCCAAUCUCACUCCCACGGCCAAGGAGAACGGCGAUCGUUCUUCAGAAACUGUCCCGGCAAACGCAUCCGAAAAUACGACACAACCGACUCCAGUAAUACAAAGUGAAGACAGCCUACGUGAUCCCCCGAUAGAAGCAGCGACGUCGAUGAUGCUCUGUGCGACCGAACGAAACAACGAGCCAACUUCAUCAAGUUUUGUUGACAAUGACGUCUGCAUGGCUCCCUCCUCAUCGACCCCUCGAGCGCAGCACAACCCAGUUGAACAUUCCGAACGCGCAGAGAGGGAGGAGAAAGCAGUUGUCAACGACGUGGCAGAGAGCGAGACAAAGCUCAACGAUGAAGAUCAUCAGAAAUCAACGAACCCCACGAUCCAAGCCAUCUCGUUGAUGGCCCCCAUGCUUGUCGAUCAAGUCAGCCCUCUGGAAUUCGUCAAGUUUGUCCAGGUCGUCGAAAACCACACCAAUGCCCAAAUCUUCUUAUCUCUUGUAUCUAGCACUAAUCCUAUCAUUUGUAAGAUUUGGCUGCAGCAAAAAUCGCUUUAA